AUGCUCGCCCUCGAUAAGGUUGUUAUCGUCUGUGGGCAUUUGGGCUCACCACUACAAUGCGUCUCCAAAAUCAUGGCUGAAGAUCAGGAGAGGGCGUUUGUGGCCACCACAACACAAAAACGCGUUCGACAGAUUAUCAUUCUGCACGUCGGUUCUACCAUCUCUGCGGUGGGAAUCCUUGGAAGUCUCAUUUGUCUCUUUAUUUUCUUCCGACAUCGACUAGCAGUUCCUACCACACAUUACCUCCUCGUGGCCAGCUCUCUGAUCGAUUUGUUUUACCUUUCGUUGGAGGCUAUCAUCCACCAUCCACCUUUCAUUGUGGGCAACAGAAAUGGAACUUACCUUGGCUCCUACAUCUCCUUAGGUGUCCUUCGAAGUGGCAUUAAUUUGGGUCAACUUUUACGCAACUGGAUUAUUGUGUGUUUGGGAUUCGAGAGGUACCUUCUUGUUUGCCAUCCAAUGUACUUUCGAACCCAAUGGAAGCUCAAACACAUUCACAUUCUAAUGACCGUUGUGGUGAUUACCUGUGUAACUAUUCGUACUCCCUACGUCCUCGCCUACAUCUUUGACAUUUGGGGACCUGAAUGGUGCAAUGCCAGUGAAAUUGCAAUUGCACUUCACACUAUUUUUGAUGUCAUCUUUGUGGCACUCAUCCCAGUGCCCCUCCUCGCCUACCUCUCAGCCACCAUCGUCAUGAAGUCAAACCGUCUGCAAGCAUGGAGAGUAAAGAUGAUCUCCAAGGUGGAUACUAAGCAAAGUAGAAUAAAAAAUGUCAAUCAGAAAGCCCAUCAAGCUAUCAUGGUGGUGGUCAUUUGUUUCACCCUCUUCACUGUAGCCUUUAUUCCAAAUGGCGCUUUUCGACUACUCAAAUACAGUGGCUUUGGCACCAAAUGCAAAAUCCACUUCUACCGACAGGUUACAGCAUCUCUUGUCUUCCUUGGUGAUCUACUGAACUCCUCAAUGAAUUUCUUCAUCUACAUGGUCUAUUGGGCACGAUUUCGGAGGGCUAUGAUUACAACAUUAGAUACUUACUUUCUUUGUUUGAAGAGAGCGGUGGUAGAUAGAGAACGACCACGCCAUUGUUGA